GUAUUGGGUCGUCGAGCCAUUUGCCGUCCAUACAAGUGUGACUGUCACCAUCCCCCACAAUGUCACAGCCUACAUCAUCAUCACAAUGCGGGACUCUUCUAGAGAUACCUGGCUUGAAGGGCGAUAGAGAAUCGCAAGGGGAGAGGGAGGAGGAGGACUGCCAUAAGGAGAGGAGCAGCUCGUACAUUGCAAGGGGAUAUGCUGCAUGUGAAUCUCCUAGUGACGGUCAUGCAUUUUCCCGGUGUCGAUGCGACAGUGAUAUGGGGGAGCCUCAUUCCGACAUCAUCGAGGCUACCUUCACAGAUCUCUAUCAGAUUACCAUGGCUUAUGCUUAUUGGAAGUCUGGAAAGGAUAAGGACCAUGCGGUUUUCGACGUGUAUUUCAGGAAGUGCCCUUUUGGUGGGGAGUUCACGGUGUGUGCAGGUAUCGACGAAGUUGUCCGAUAUGUGAAUACAUUCCGCUUUACUCAGCUGCAUAUUGACUAUCUCCAAAGUCAAAUGCCCGAAGCUGAUCCGGAAUUCUUCCAGUAUUUGCUCACACUAGACGCGCGGGAUAUCACUAUGCAUGCCGUCAGGGAGGGCGAUUUUGUCUUCCCCCGAGAGCCUGUACUGAGAGUGGCAGGGCCGCUGAUAGUAUGCCAACUCAUGGAGACUGCUAUACUCAAUCUUGUCAACUUUCCUUGUCUGGUUGCCACUCAAGCGGCACGUCUACGAAUAGCUGCUGGUGACGAGGCGCAACUACUCGAAUUUGGUGCCCGUCGUGCUCAGGGUCCGGACGGCGCGUUGACUGCUAGCCGGUAUUCUUACGUUGGAGGCUUCGACGGUACGUCGAAUGUUAAAGCUGGACAUGUAUUUGGUAUUCCUAUUGCUGGCACGCAUGCACACGCGUUUGUAAAUAGCUUUUAUUCGCUUGAAGAUUUGGAGGAGCAGACGAGGAUGUCGCCCGAGCUUAUGCGAUGCUAUAGGCUUUCAGGUGGGGAGUGGGAGUGGCGUCUCAGCGGUCUAAGGGUGAAUCUUCAGGUCAACUGCUGUAACGAUGGAGAACUGGCAGCUUUCAUCCGCUACGCCCAAGCGUUUCCUACCACAUUUUUGGCACUUGUUGACACUUAUGAGACAAUUCUGUCGGGCGUGCCCAACUACCUCAGUGUCGCCCUCGCUCUGUGGCGGAUCGCUGGGAUAAAGGCCGUCGGCAUCCGUUUGGACAGUGGGGACCUCGCGUAUUUGAGUAUGAGAGCACGAGAAGUGUUCUCUGCUACUGCUGAUGCUUAUGCUAGUGAAGGCUUCCAGUUUAUUGCAAAAUCCCGUAUAGUAGCCUCUAAUGAUAUCAACGAAGCGGUACUGCUAUCGUUGCAUGACCAACCUCAUUCUAUCGACUCCUUUGGCAUCGGCACCAACCUGGUGACAUGUCAAGCCCAGCCGGCGCUGGGGAUGGUAUACAAGCUGGUUGAGCUGAACGGUCAGCCUCGGAUGAAAUUAUCGCAAGACUUCGAGAAGCAAGGCAUACCGUCGAGGAAAGCAGUUUAUCGUUUGUAUGGUCAGGACGGCCUGGCUAUUCUGGACAUAAUGCAGGGCGAGGAGGAGCCCGCACCACAGCCUGACAACAAGGUCUUCUGUCGUCAUCUGUUCGACGAUCAGAAGAGGUGUUAUGUUACCCCUAAGAAGGUGGAGCCUCUGCUGAUUUGUGUGUGGAAAGACGGGAAAGCGAUCCAUCUUACAUCUUCCCCCCGUACUAAGGAGAAUGAUCGCCCUGAUAUUCAUAGCGCUAAAGAGCAUUUCAAGGAGACCAGGAAUACCUUCAGAAAGGACCACCUUAGACCGAUUAAUCCGACACCGUACAAGGUUAGCACUUCUGCUGAGUUCUUUGAUUUCUUCCGUCGUUUCUGGCAAGAGACCGCCCCCGUUAAAGAGUUUUCGUAG